UUAACGUGAAAACAAGUUGACAUUGAUGUUCUUCAGGUUUUGACUGCAGGUGUCACAGUCAAGAUGCUGGCAUUGAUGUUUCAGACAGAAUGUAUUAAUGCAGUUGCUGGAAUUGCCUUGAAGAAUGCGAUAUCCUUGAGCGCUCGUGCUGUUCAAGGUGCUGUCUGUCUGUCGGGCUCGCGCGUCAUCAACGCGAAUCCUCCCGCCCCUCGAGCGCAGCAUCAGUGCGCGCGCCGCUCUUGCCCGCCGGAUUUGCAUCCGUCAGUUUAAAUUCGACAGAGAUCAGAAUCAGAACACCAUCGUUCGCAACGAUCGAUCACGCUUCCCUUUGACUGUCCGCGCGCUGCUGCGGUGGAAUGCCCAAAACGCCGCGCGCGCUCCUCCACGGACGAAAGGAGCGAUUCGAGUUCACGAUUCUGCAGUCCUGGAAACGGCGUUAGAAUCGCCAGUUUGGGUAUUUUUGGCAUCUCUCAGCGGCAUCUGAAAAGGGAUUCAAACCAUGACGGCCACCAAAGAGCAGCAAAGCCAGAGACCGAAUCCGCAGGAUGAGGAUCUGGGUGGCAUGAGUCCUCCUCAGAGGAACUGGAAGGGGAUUGCGAUCGCUCUGCUGGUCAUUCUGGUGGUCUGUUCUCUCAUCACAAUGUCUGUGAUCCUCCUCACUCCAGUGGAUACGCUACCAGGUAGUGACACCAAGUUGACGGUGGAGGAUCUUUUCAGUACAGAUUUCUAUGUGCACGACCCUGAAGCUCUUUGGAUCAACGAAUCUGAGGUUAUCUACAGAAACCACAAUGGACACGUGAUCAGGUUUAACAUCCUCACGAACGAGACGGAGAUUGUGCUGAAGAAUGUCACAUUUGACACUUUUAAAGCCACCAGAUACUCUUUAAGCCCAGACAUGAAGUAUGUGCUUUUCGCCUACAAUGUCAAACAGGUUUACCGGCACUCAUUCAUGGCGUCCUACAUCAUAUACAGCAUUCACACCAGGGAGGUUUUGCAGCUGGACCCUCCAGAGGUGUUAAACUCUAAACUGCAGCAUGCGGCGUGGGGCGUUCAGGGCCAGCAGCUGGUGUACAUAUUUGAGAAUAAUAUUUACUAUCAGUCGGACGUCAGGACUAACUCGCUGAGAUUGACCUCAUCUGGGAAGGAGGGCAUCAUCUAUAAUGGCAUUGCUGAUUGGCUCUAUGAAGAGGAGGUCCUGCACACGCAUGUGGCACACUGGUGGUCACCUGACGGCGAGCGCUUGGCAUUUCUGGUCCUGAAUGACAGUCUGGUGCCAAACAUGGUGUUGCCCACUUUCACCGGCUCCGCAUACCCGAAAGGCAAACAGUACCCGUAUCCCAAGGCUGGGCAGCCCAAUCCAGUGGUCAAACUAUUUGUAGUCAAUCUGUACGGACCGACGCACACGCUAGAGCUCACACCACCAGAUGAGCUCAAGCUCAGGGAACACUAUGUGGUGAUGGUGAAGUGGAUCAGUAAGACCAAGACAGCAGUGCGCUGGUUAAAUCGAGCACAGAACGUCUCAAUUCUGACUGUCUGUGACUCUACCACUGGAGCCUGCAUCAAGAGACAUGAAGAAACAUCAGAAGUUUGGCUCUCAAAACAGAACCAGGAACCGUUCUUCUCACGAGACGCCAGCCGCUUCUUCCUGACGGUCCCGGUGAAGCAGGGAGGACGUGGAGACUUUCACCACAUCGCCAUGUUCACCUCUCAGGGGCGGGCAGAUCAGAAUGAGGUGCGUCAUCUAACGUCAGGUAACUGGGAGGUGACACAGAUUCUGGCUUACGAUGAGAGCGCACAGACCAUAUAUUUCCUGAGCACCGAGGGCUCCCCGACCCACCGGCAUCUCUUCAGUGUGUCCACAGUGGGCUUGUUUUCACGCCGAUGUCUGACCUGUGAGCUGAAUAAAGCUCACUGCACGUUCUUCAGUGCCGUUUUUAGCCCCAACAACCAACAUGUCCUUCUGCACUGCAAAGGUCCAGGAGCACCGACAGUGAUCAUACACACUCUGAACACUGCCAAUUAUUACAUACUGGAGAAUAACUCUGCGCUCAAAGCUGCUCUCAGAUACAAACGAAUCCAGCUGCUGGAGUACAAAAGCAUCCAGACCGACCACUUCGAGUUGCCGCUGAAGAUCGCCUUUCCACCCGAUUUCUCUGAGUCCCGCACUUACGCCCUUCUGCUGAUCAUUGAUGCUGCCCCCGGUGGUCAGCAGGUGAAUGAGCAGUACGCAGUGGACUGGGACUCUGUGCUGGUCAGUUCGGACAAUGUCAUCGUAGCUCGUCUGGAUGGCAGGGGAAGCGGUUUCCAGGGUCAGAAGGUGUUACAGGAUGUGCACAAGCGUCUGGGAGCCGUGGAACUGCAGGAUCAGCUGGCUGCUGUUGAGUACCUGCUGAAAUCUCCAUACAUCGAUCGAACCAGAAUCGGCGUGUUUGGCCGGGAUUAUGGAGGAUAUAUCGCACUUCUUCUGAUUAAAUCCACUGAGAACUUGUUUAAAUGUGCGGCGGCCAUGUCGCCUGUGACAGAUUGGAAUUUGUACGCCUCGGCCUUCUCUGAACGCUAUCUGGGAUUUCCUCUUCAGGACGACACCAGAUAUCAGUUCUCCAGUGUGCUGCAGAAUCCACAGGGUUUCAGAGACCAAACGCUCAUGCUGCUGCACGCGACUGCAGACGCGAACAUUCAUUUCCAGCACACGGCCGAGCUCAUUAAGAACCUGGUGAAGGUGGGAGCGAAUUACACGCUGCAGAUUUAUCCAGACGAGGGUCAUUUUCUGUCGAAGAGCAGCGGGCGACACGUGGCCGCGACACUGAGCAGCUACUUCAGAUCCUGCCUGCAGGAGGAAGGGCUUCCCAUCAGUGAGGAGGAGGAGGAAGAGGAAGAGUAGAGCGAAGAUGACACGCAGCACACAAACACACAUGCAGCACACACCACAAUACACACACGGGACAGUGAAACACACUGGACGUUGAGACAAACAUCCAGAGCAGAACGCUCAAAUAAACAGCGAGAGCCAGGAGUGUGUGUGUGUGUUUGAACAUGUAUAUAUGCAUGUGUGUAACCGUUUGGAUGAUGUAUGUAUUAGAGCCGUGUGUGUGUGUGUAUGAGAGAGAGAGAGAAAGAGAGUUUCUUUGUACCUGGCCUAUAGAUCAUUAUCACUGGAAAUGGAUUAGAAAGUUUCACAUAUCAUGAAUCACUAUGAUCUCCGAUUGGCUGAUGCAUUGGCCAAUCACAGCACAGACUGUCCAGGUGGGACGGCUCAAGGCAGCCAUUGCAUGGUUCUUUUGCUUUGCUUCACUUCUUUUGCCACUUUUCUGUCUGUCAGUAUGUUUUCACCUUCCGGAGGAGCUGCAUUCGAUUCUGUUUAUCACAAGCACUUGCUGGGAAGAACCGUAAAUCCAUCCGUCGAAAGCUCGAGGAUCUGCGUGAAGAUCAGCACACGUGUAUAACACUCUCUGUAUGUGCAUUCUGGGAUGGAUGCGGCUGUGUGUUGUACAGAAGAGGGCGUUCAAAUGUAUUUUUGACAUACAUCAGAUGGCAGAACGGACUGUCUUGGAUCAGAUUAUUUGUCUCUGGAGGGCUUUUGUAUCGCUGAUUGUUUAGUUUUACUGUUGGUGGAGGGAGGGGGGGUGAGGGGUCGGGUUGAUUGUUAUUGUUCUCUAGUUAUGACAGUCAUGUCUAUAAAUAAACAACUAGUCCAAAUCCAACAUUAUUCAAUGUACUAUAAUUUCUAUAUAGUCUCUGGUUCAGCUGAACAGUCUACAGGAACAUGAAGAAAUGCCAUCAUGCCAACAGUACAAUUAUGAGAAAACUUUAAUGAAUGGGCUGAAAUGAAUGAAUUCCACAACCAGUAGUGAAAUGUGAUGUUCGGAGGUGAUAUUUGUUUUUAAUGACCCUACAAUUUCGAUUAAACCAUCAAAAUAUCAGGAAAA